AUGUACAAAAUAUUACAAUUAUUAGUGUCUUUAUUCGCUUUUGUGGUUUGUGCCAAGUACAGCUAUACAGUCAAUAAGUUCCAAGUACCGCUGGAUCAUUUUGGAUUCCAGAGAAAUGAAACUUUUUCAAUCAGAUAUUUGGUGAACGACGAUAACUGGGAUCAAGGGAAUGGACCCAUCUUUUUUUACACUGGUAAUGAGGGUCAAAUAGAAGUGUUUGCCAACCACACAGGGUUCAUGUGGGAAAUAGCAGCCCAGUUCAAAGCCAAGAUUGUAUUCGCUGAACACAGAUACUAUGGUGAAUCAAUGCCGUUCAAAGAGAAAUCAUUGAAGAAUGAAAAUAUCGGUUAUUUAUCAUCUGCGCAAGCAAUGGCGGAUUACGCUGACCUGAUCAAUUACCUGCAAGAGAAUCGUAUCAAGCCCAGGUAUCCGGUCAUCGCUUUUGGAGGAUCGUACGGUGGCAUGCUAGCAGCAUACAUGCGUUUAAAGUACCCCCACAUUGUCAACGGGGCUAUCGCCGCGUCAGCACCAGUUCACAUGUUUACCGGCAUGACCAACUGUAACAUCUUCAAUCGUCUCGCCACAUCCAGCUUCAAGAAUGUCAACAUAAACUGUUCAAGCAACAUCAGGGAUUCGUGGAGUGUUAUAAGAAACUAUUCCUCGAAUGCGAAUGGUUCGGAGUGGCUACACAGUAACUGGAAGUUGUGCAGUCCUCUCAAGAACUCAACAGAUGUGGCUUCUCUACUGGAUUUCCUCAAUUCUAUGUAUAGCACUUUGGCAAUGGUGAACUAUCCGUAUGCUUCGGAUUUCCUGAUGCCGCUGCCGGCUGAGCCCGUUAGAUAUGUCUGCCAGUAUUUAGAACAAAAACUGGCUGGAGAGGAACUCUUAAAGGCUAUUGGAAAUGUGUUAGAAGUAUAUACAAAUUAUGAUAAAAGGAGCAAAUGCACUGACUACAAGCAAGGAGACAACUAUGGCAAUUUAGACGCAGCCGGCUGGGACUACCAAGCUUGUACAGAGAUGGUGAUGCCUAUGUGUUCAAACGGCAACACCGACAUGUUCGAGCCAAUGCCAUGGAACUACACACUGUUUGCUGAAGACUGUCACAAGAAAUACAAUGUCUACCCACGACCAGAGAUGGCGAGGAUUGAAUAUGGCGGGGAUAGGCUUCAAGCGGCCUCCAACAUCGUUUUCAGUAAUGGAAUGAAGGAUCCUUGGACUGGAGGUGGCAUUCUUGAUAGCCUCAGUGACACAAUUUACGCAGAAGUCAUACCGGAUGCAGCGCACCACUUGGACCUUAUGCCCAGCAACCCUAACGACCCUGAACCUGUAAAGAUGACCCGUGAAAUGCACAAAGAACAUAUCACUAGGUGGAUUAACCAAUUUCAAGAACAGCAAAGUAGUAUUCGACAUCCUCACAAUCAUAUGUAG